GUCAGGAUGACUUUUAUGAUAACGUUUUUUUGUUAUGCUGUUAACAAUCAUGUGAAUGAUUAAAGGCAAAAAUACUACUAGUGUUUGUUGUAGUGGAUCUAAUUGUAUUUCAAAACUUAUAAGUUAGACUAAAUUUAAAUUAUGGCUCAAUGUAAAUUAACUCCACGGGAAUUUAUAAUUAAUGCCUUUUCGCCACAAGUGGCUGCCAUUUGUUCAGUAAAUGCAGAAGCAACCUGUCAGAAGAAUAAUUUAUCAUUUACAGAGCUUUUACAACCCUUUUGCAGAAUUAAUAUAGAAGGUCACAUAAAAGAUCCGCAUGGAACAACAAUAUUAAUUCGAUCGUUACAAAUUUGUGUGAAAGAUGUUAACUAUUAUCCUCCAGAACCUAAUAUAGCUAGAAAACUAUUAAAUGAAUCUGUUAAUUUUACUUAUAAUGAACGUACGACUGUGGUGUCAACAGCAAGUUUAAAUUUAGAUAUACCUGUAUCAGUUCCUUGGUUCGAAGCUUGGAGAGAUACUUUUCUAAAUGUUCAAUUUCCAUCAGAUCAUGAAUUUACAAAGCACUUUAUAGCGUGUAUGAUAGUUGUAUCAACAAUGGAUGAUAAUCCACUUGAAAAACUUCAACAAAUAAGUGCUCAAUUAAAUCAAAGCAUUCCUGGAAAAUUACCCAAAUGGUUUAAUAAUAAUGCUCUUAGAUAUUAUAUUUUAAUACACGAUACUUUUCAAAAUAAUAAAAAUAUAGCUGAAGAUAUUUUUACGGAAAUGAAAAAUAUUUAUGGUCCAAAUAAUUGCUUUUUUUUACCAAUGAAUUCGAGACCAUUUAAUGUUUCGGACGACUGUACCCAACUUCCAGAUCCAUGGAGUCAAUUUAUAGUUAAGUAUUCUGAUUGUUCUGGAAAUAACGAUUAUGAGAGUUCUCCUCGCACACCUGCAGAUACUAUUGGUGUGUCCUCCAUGCCAAAUGCAGUUAAUACAGAAUCAGAAAAAUCGAUUAGUCAAACUGGAACACCAGUUACAUCAAAAAAUUUUACAGCAGUUACUCCAGAUGGAAAUGAACGCAUUAAUAUUUCUUCAGAAAUUUCUGAAGCUCCUAUUACCCAUUUGGAAGUUGGUCAAGAAGCUGUCCCUCCAACUACAAUAGCAACUAUUCAUCCUUUAAGCCCAAAAAACGAAUUAUCAAUAAAAUCUUAUGAUAUAGAUCGUAUGAGAUCUCAUUUGGAUGAAAAUUCUCCAAUUAAUAUUAAUGUUUGGGCCGAUUCCCCUACACAUGCUAUCCCCCAACACGGUGUUAGACUUUCUACCAAGGAUCUUGAAAAAUUAAAAUUAAUGAUGUCAGAUUUUUGUCUCAAGAGUUUGCUUCCAUAUGUUGAAAAACAAAUAAGUUUGCUAAACGAUCUUAUUUCAAAUAAGAAAGGUGUGAGUAAAUCUUUAUUUAGUGCAACAAAAAGGUGGUUUGGAACAAAUAAGCCAGGUGUUCCUGGUUCUGCUCCAGCUAAUGCUGUAAUAUAUACUGCUGAAUCACCAGAAUUACAGUUAAGACGUUUAGGAGACCUUUGCUUUAUGUUUGGUCACUAUACAUUUGCUUAUCAAGCAUAUCACAAUGCUAAACGUGAUUUUGCUGCGGAUCAAGCUUGGGUUUAUUAUGCUGGUGCAUUAGAAAUGGCUGCUUUAAGUGCUUUCAUGAUGGAUGAAAUGAUUAGAAAAACCAUAGAAUACAUGGAUGAUGCCAUAACAACUUACUUAAACACUUGUAAAAUGUCUCAAUUUGCGACAAGAGCCACUUUAUUGAGUGCAGAGUGUUUAAAAAAUCGCGGAUUAUAUGGGGAGGCAGCCAAGCAGUUAAUUCGGAUGACAAGCGAAGAUUCUGAUUUACGAUCAGCAUUACUACUCGAACAAGCUGCAUACUGCUUUAUUUCUCCAAAGAUGGUAAGAAAGUAUGCUUUUCAUGCAGUUUUAGCUGGUCAUCGAUUUUCAAAAGCUGGACAAAAAAAACAUUCAUUACGUUGUUAUAAACAAGCAUAUCAGGUUUAUAAAAAUAAAGGAUGGUCUUUAGCAGAAGAUCAUAUUCACUUUACUAUCGGUAGACAAGCUGCAUCUUUGAAACAAGUUUUAGAAUCUGUAACUGUUUUUGAAAAAUUGCUAAGUGCAACUAGUAAGCAACCUGCUCUUCAGCAAGCAGCUUUUCUUAGAGAAUUUUUAUAUAUACACAAUUUGUUAACCCAUGAAAUGAAGAAAUCUUCUCAAACCAAUCUUCCUAUAUUACCUUUACCUUUGAUUGAAGAUAAUCAAAUCAAAGUAUUAUUAGGACCUUUAAUUAAGCCUGGUAAUAACAUUGAAUUAGUGAGUCAAAUAUUAUCAUUUAGUCAGGAUGCUGAUGACGUGAGGUGGUCUAAACUCGAAGAAAUUCUAUUAUCCAAAGCUCAAGGAACUCCACCAAUGAUUUUUAAACCAACAGUUACAAUUUAUACUCAUACAAGUAAUAAUGCAAAUAAACCAAAUGCAGUCGUUAAGGAACCAAUAUACUUGUGCAUAACGUUAUCCAAUCCAUUAUUAAUACCAUUACCUUUAUCUAACUUAAAACUACUUUGGUCAUUUAAUAAUGAGGGAUGUAUUAUAAAUAAUGAAAGUUCGGUAGAAUACGAAGAAGAAUUUGUUGAAACUUUAAAAAUUGAUUCGAUUAUACUUCAACCUGGAUCAAAACAAACCGUUGUUUUGACAUUAAAACCUAAAAAAAUUGGUCAACUUAAAAUCUUGGGCUUGAACUAUAAUUUAUCAAAUCCAAUUCAAACAUCAAUCGACCAAACAAUUUCAAGCACAAUUUCCCUUAUUAGUGGAAAACGCUUAUUUAAGAUUCAAGGACCUAAAUUAAAAAAUUUUAAAGAAAAAGCAGGAAUAUCUCUUUAUGGAUUAGAUUUGAGACUGGAUAUGAACAUUGUUGAGAAAGGACCAUUUAUGCAGAUUACAUUUACGCCUCUUUCACCAGAAAUGUUAUGUGGCGAACUUCAACGUAUGGAAGUAACUUUGACAAAUAUUGGCAAUGCACCACUGAAAAAUAUCUAUCUUGGUUCCACAAAUCCAAAACUCUUUGCCCUUGUAGAUCAGGAACAAGAUUUUAAAAAAGGACAAAUAAAAAAAAUGGAUGAACUUAUUAUUAAAAUUUCUUUGCCUCCGAAUAAAAAUGAUACUCUACUAGUUGGUGAUUCUUUAAAAAUGACUCUUUGGAUUUGUGCACCACACAUAAAAGGAAAUCAUAGACUAGAUCUAUUAUUUUACUAUGAAAAUUUUGAUUCAAAGAGUGUACUUAAACACAGACUCAGUCGCCAUAGUUGGUAUUUAACUGUUUUAGAUUCUAUUCAAUCAAGCGCAAUUGUUCGAAGAAGCGCUAUAAUUAAUGGCAAUUUUUCCAUGCUCAAUUUAAUAAUGCAAGUGAAAAAUUCUAAUCAAGUACACGAUCCAUUUAUGAAUGAAAUUGAAUUAACUGAUAUUGCUAUUCAAAGUGAUGCUUGGAUGCUAAUAAAUUCAGCCGAUAUUUAUGGGGAUAUUAAAAUACAACCUCAAGAAAUAAGACACUUUUUAUUAAAACUUGUCAGAAAAGCUGAUGGCAAUUUGAAUUUAUCCAAUAUAAAUUUAAGCAAAAAUAUUUCAGAAGUAUCAGCAAACAUACCUUACUUAAGUUUUAUAAAAAAGAGACAUAUCAUGCCAUUAGAUGCCAAUGAUGUUCAAAAUGAGAAUCAACAAAUGAGAAUCCAAAUGAAAGAUAAGCCAAUUUUAUCUAGCAUGAAAUUAGAUUCUAUUGUUAUAAUUAGAUGGAAGGCUAAAGUUACGGAAGGUGGAGUAGUCAUUCGAAAUACAAUUGGUCAACAUUACAUUGAUCUACAUUAUUUAGACAAAUCCUAUAAUUAUCCAAUUGAAAAACAAUUACAACCAAUUGAGUACAAUGGACGUUUAAAAAUUUUUGGUCCUGAUAUUAAUAUAUCAGAUGCCCAAACGUCAAUGAAAAAUGAUCAGUAUUCAGAUUUGGAAUGCCAACAAAAUUUAGUGUGGUUUUAUUUGAAGUACUCUAAAAAUGUUACUCAUGAUUUUACGGGUAAUCGAAUAUGUAUUGUACCAGUUAUGGUAAACAUACAAAAUAAUUCAGAAUCUUACGUAAAUGUCAAAGUUGAUACGGUUGGAACUAGCAGUCAAACUCUUUUACUAAACAUUAAAACUAAACUUUAUUCACCUCAAGCUUCAACGUCUUUUCGUUACGUUGGUCAAACAUCAUUGACUUUAAGACUAGAGCCGUAUGAGCAACAAACAAUCAAAUUGCAAGCUAUUUUUCCUGCUUAUGGAACAUACGAUUUAUCAUCUAGAUUAGAAGUUUCUGCUAAAGUUCAAAAUAACAUUAAUUAUACUUUACAGAAAUGGAACAUUGAAAGUGUAUGCAUUAUCAAUAGCCUGAAAAUAUUAAGUUAA